AUAUGUCUAGAGGGCGACAAAAUCAUAUGUUUCUAUUUGCAAUCGUCACUGUGUGAUUCGGGCCUAACAAGAGAAGUAUAAGUUACAGUUUAGAACUUAGAAGGCUUAUAAAGAAAAGGAAAGUUUUAUUAUGGCUGAAAACAAAACCAAUCCUGAUGAUCUUUCAACAGCUAUUUUGAAAACUAAACAAAAGCCAAACCGAUUGCUAGUAGAAGAAGCAGUUAAUGAUGAUAACUCUGUCGUGGCCUUAUCUCAGGCAAAAAUGGAUGAGCUUCAACUCUUUCGAGGAGAUACUGUACUUUUGAAAGGAAAAAAGAGGAGAGACACAGUUUGUAUUGUCCUUUCUGAUGAUACUUGUGCAAAUGAAAAAAUUCGAAUGAAUCGUUGCAUUAGAAAUAACCUAAGAGUAAGAUUAGGGGAUAUAGUAAGUGUUCAAGCUUGUCCAGAUGUGAAGUACGGGAAGCGAAUACACGUUCUUCCUAUUGAUGAUACUGUAGAAGGUUUGACAGGGAGUCUUUUUGAUGUAUAUUUGAAGCCAUAUUUUCUGGAAGCUUACCGGCCCGUUCACAAGGGAGAUAUGUUUGGUGUCAGGGGUGGAAUGCGUGCCGUAGAAUUUAAGGUGGUUGAAACUGACCCUAGUCCAUACUGCAUUGUUGCUCCUGAUACAGUUAUUCACUGUGAAGGGGAACCAAUAAAAAGAGAGGAAGAAGAAGAGACACUAAAUGCUGUUGGUUAUGAUGACAUCGGGGGUUGCCGUAAACAGUUGGCACAGAUAAAAGAGAUGGUGGAACUCCCUCUUCGACAUCCUAGCUUAUUUAGAGCCAUUGGAGUAAAGCCUCCAAGGGGUAUAUUGCUGUAUGGACCGCCUGGAACAGGCAAGACAUUGAUUGCUCGAGCUGUUGCAAAUGAAACUGGGGCUUUUUUUUUUCUUAUAAAUGGCCCAGAAAUCAUGAGCAAACUUGCAGGAGAAUCAGAGAGUAAUCUCAGGAAAGCUUUUGAAGAGGCUGAGAAAAACUCUCCUUCCAUCAUCUUUAUUGAUGAACUUGAUGCUAUAGCACCAAAAAGGGAAAAAUAUCCAGUUGAAUUUCCUGACAAGUUUUUGAAAUUUGGAAUGACUCCAUCUAAAGGUGUACUGUUUUAUGGGCCCCCUGGUUGUGGCAAGACACUUCUAGCCAAAGCAAUUGCUAAUGAAUGCCAAGCCAACUUUAUCUCCAUUAAGGGGCCAGAACUUCUCACAAUGUGGUUUGGAGAAUCAGAAGCUAAUGUUCGGGAUGUUUUUGAUAAGGCAAGAGCAGCUGCUCCGUGUGUAUUGUUCUUUGAUGAGUUAGAUUCCAUUGCCAAAGCAAGAGGAGGAAGUAUUGGAGAUGCUGGUGGUGCAGCGGAUCGUGUGAUUAACCAAAUUUUAACUGAAAUGGAUGGAAUGAGUUCCAAAAAAAACGUAUUUAUUAUUGGAGCAACUAAUAGACCAGACAUCAUUGAUCCAGCCAUCCUGAGACCUGGACGGCUUGAUCAGCUUAUUUACAUCCCUCUACCUGAUGAGAAGUCCAGAAUUUCCAUCCUUCAAGCCAACAUUCGAAAGUCUCCAGUAUCAAAAGAUGUAGAUCUUGGUUACAUUGCUAAAGUGUCACAAGGUUUCAGCGGUGCUGAUUUAACAGAGAUCUGUCAGCGGGCAUGUAAACUGGCUAUCAGAGAGAGCAUUGAAGCAGAAAUUCGCAAGGAGAAAGAACAAGUACAUACUGAUACUGAAAUGGAUUUUGAGGAAUCUGAUCCUGUGCCAGAGAUCCGAAAAGAUCACUUUGAAGAAGCUAUGAAAUUUGCACGCCGAUCGGUUAGUGAUAACGACAUCAGAAAGUAUGAAAUGUUCUCCCAGACACUCCAGCAGAGUCGUGGAUUUGGUACAAAUUUUAGAUUUCCAAAUGCACAACCAUCUGGAUCUGGAGGAUCUCAAGGUCCUGAUCAGGGAAAUUUCCAGAAUGAUGGAGAUGAUGAUGAUCUAUACAGCUAAGAACGUCACUCCAGUCUCAUCUUUUAGGAAUAAAUGCAAAAGAAUUUACAUUCUGUGAAGGGAUUUUAAUAACGUAAUCCUUUUGAAGGACAACUUGUUCUUGUCUAGCAUGCAGAUGGAACUGGAACAUGAUGUUAUAUAACCAGAUAGAAGAAUUGUUUAGGGUAAUUUUGCACUUCUACUUCAGUGAUGAACGUUUUUAUUAUUCACCACUGCAUGUAAGGCAUUAACAGGGAGUAUUAUAAGAUGUUUAUUCAUUUUGUUCAUUGUACACAAAUUCAGUUUUUUUUUCCCAGUUUUUUCAAUAGAUAUAAAUAUUCCCUAUGAAACUGGAUUCUGUUUUAUAAACAAAUCGUUCUGUAAUCCUUUCUUUGUAAUACUGCUUAGUCAUUAAAAUAUAGAUAAAGUACUUUAUCCAGUACAGCUUAA